AUGGACGAACCUGAGCAGUGCAUCAUCUGCUUGGAUCCUCUGCCGCACCCCUCGUCUCUGGCCUCGCCGCCUUCGCCUUCGCCAUCGCACGUCAACGGUGCAGGCAUCAAACCAGCCCCAGAGACCACCGCCGAGACCGACCCUGUGGCCGACGAGUCCAACCAUCUCAACAUAGUGGCCGCAUUAGAUGGAUGCGAACAUAUUAUCCAUGAUGCCUGCAUCCGUUCCUGGGCUCAAAAGACAAAUACUUGUCCCAUCUGUAGGACACCCUUCCACUGUGUUCGCGUGUACAAUGGUGUAGAUGGCACUGCCAUUUCUACCUACGAUGUCAUAGACAAAAAGCAAGUCGCCGAAUUCGACGUGCAAGCCUGGCUUGGAGAGAACAUCGUCGACCAAGAGGAGGAGGAAUGCAACCCUUGUCCCAUAUGCAAUUCGGCCGAGCGAGAAGAUAUUCUACUAUUAUGCGACAGUUGUGAUGCUGCCUAUCAUACGCAUUGCAUCGGACUCGAUCAUAUUCCCGAGGGUGACUGGUAUUGCAUGGAAUGUGCUCACUUGUUCCAACUCACCCAGGAUCAACCUGAGCGAACAGAUGCUGAACCAGAGUCGCCGCGUCCCCAGCUUGUCCAACGCCCGCACCCACGAGAUGUCCGUGGCUAUCAUGUUCGGACUCGCCAGCGGCUCAGACGAGCCCGCCGCCAGGCUCGUAACGCGGAGUGGCAAGGCGCCUGGGGACAGUUUUCUGGUCGUUUCUACGAGAUGAGCGAUCUAGAUCUCGAUAAUCACGAUGACGAGGAUGAAGACCUCGAGCAGUUUCGUCGUUUCCAGCAGCUCGACCGCCGGGAGUUGGACCGAUGGCGACAACGCAUGGAUAUCGCCAAUCGUCUCGGUGCUCGUGAGACUUUUGCGAGCAACAUUCCGCCACAAAUCAGCGAGCGCCUACAACCGCCGCCGCCGCCAGUCGAGGAAACUCGUGAUGAAAGGCGUGCAUGGGGUGCGUUCGAUCGUGCUCGAGAGGCUGAAGUCACAACCAGCGGAACUCGUAAGCGAAAGAGCCGAUCUGUCACCGCAUCUCCGGCCGAGCCAGUGCAAGAACCAGAAAGGAAAUUGAAACGCCCACGAACUAGGAGAUUACCCACCCAGGCCGAAGCCUCUGCCUCUGCUCCUUCACCUUCUACAUCCGGCCCAUCUAGUGCACGCCCAACAACAGCCUCCACCGCCGCAACGGCAACUGGAACCAGUGGAAUCAAUGGUACUAAUGGUAUCAACGGCACAAACGGGUCUUCGCUGAGAAACGGCUUGACUCGGAUGGAGAGCGCGACGCCCUUGGUGUCGUCACUGCUUAAGGAGUUAGAACCCAAUCCCUUGUCCGAGGACGAGACGCCAGUAUUAACUCCAAACCGGCGCGUGCCUCCGGAAGCAUCCUCUCCCGCCCUCUCGCCCUCGCCCUCAAACCACAGCAGCCCUCGAGCUCUAUCGUUGACCCCACCACCACUUCCAAGCCUUAACGGUCGGCCUACCUCUCCGACCCUAUCACUUAGCACACACAUCGAGCCACGAUAUCCUCCCGCAAAUUACUCUCCUACCCGAUCCAACAGCGAUCAUGGAGAUUCAGAUUCGCGUUCAACCAAGGUCGACCCACGCCCGCUAGAACUGCGGCAACCUCGGCCACGACGAGCUCAUCAAGUACCACAAACUGAAGAAGGCUCGCCAACGCGAUGGACGAUGACGCAGGAAGAAAAGAAGAGCAUAAAUGAUAUUGUUAAAUCCGCUUUGCGACCUCACUGGCGGGCGCAGAAGCUAACAACAGAACAAUAUGCAACCAUUAAUCGCGAUAUUUCUCGAAAGCUUUACGACGAGGUAAAGGGUGCUGCGUCACUCAAUGAAGAAUCUCGACGGACGUGGGAGAAACGAGCCACCCAGGAAGUAGCACAGGCGGUUGCCGAGCUAUCAGCUUGA